UCACUCCUUUGGCCAGUCACGGGGCCAAAAACCAGUGUUUGGAGCCACAGUGUGGCGGUGGAGGCAGCAGCAAUGGGAGGCCAUACAGCAACCUAUGACAAAAUGGAAACCAGCAGGAGCGUGAGGAGACCUGAAAGUGGCACAUGGCAGAGUGGGAGCAAUGGGAGGCGGUACAGGGGACCCAGGUCACACUGUGGGCCCAGCAGCAGCGUGACAGGCGGUACGGGGGCCCAUGGCCGAUAUGGGGCUUGGUGGCACCUAUGGAAGGCCUGUAAUCUGCCAGCAACCUAUGACAAAAUGGACAACCGCAGGAGUGUGAGGAGAUUUCAAAGUGGCACAUGGCAGAGUGGAAGCAAUGGGAGGCCGUACAGGGACCCAGGUCACACUGUGGGACCAGCA